AUGGCAAGACGUAGGAUACCCACACGAUAUCAUCCCAAAUCAAAAUCACCUCCUUCAAAAUUGAAGACCAGGCUGGACUUCUUGACAUAUGCGUUUUCUCGACUACCACCCAGACAACUACCCUUUCUAGCCAUCUAUGCGUACAUUAUAAUAUACGCUGCGGAUAGAGGAUGGGUAAAUAAAGAGAGCUUAGGAAAGGGAGGUGCUAGUAUAGUAGGAGUAUUGAGCAUGGUCACCGGCUUACUGGUAUCCUAUCGAUUCUCGUCGGCCAUUACGAAAUGGGAUGAAGGUAGACUAGUAUGGGCUGCUGUUAGGAUAACGAUCAGAGAUGGAAUGAGGAUGCUAUCCGUCCCUUCUUCCAGUUCAUCAUCAACAGACGAUACUUCACUCCAAUCUUCGCCCGUUGAUCUAGGCGGAGCCGAAGAUCAGAGUCAGCAUUCGGACAACCCUAAGCCCAGCGAUCUAUCUUCUGAGCUUCAGGAUAGGUCUAAAGUAGAAGAGGGGAAAGACCCAAUGGCCGAACGAGUCGAUGAACUAGCUGGGUUACUAGUCGGAUUCGCAUUCGCUCUACAGCAUCAUUUGCACGGUACGAGACCCCUACCUCAGCCUCCACUGUGCGACCUCUUACCUCAGGCAUAUCUCUCUUCGUUGAAAAGGACAGAUGCCAGAGUAAGAUUUGCAGAAUCUCACGCUGGUCCAUCAUCCUUAUCUUUAUCUGAACUACCAUCAACCAAUUCCGACUCGAAGUCGAAUGAUGAUCCUUCAAGACCAGGGUUGGGAAGGAGAGGUACAGGACCUCGUCCUACUGUGGAUGGAUCCUCGGAAUCGGGGGAGGAUGAAUGGGAAUUAUCGAAUCUAAGAUAUAAAGCUGAAGAAGCUGUUACGAAGUUGGCGGAGGCUGUUGCUUUAUCUGGAUCAACCAUUGGAGAUGAAGGGUUAGAUUUGGAAUUGAAACAGCAAUUAAAUCAAUUGAAUAUACCUGAUAACACCGAUACCGAAUCGGUAUCUUCCAAGAGACAGAACGUGGAGAUAAAGACAAAGACCAAGGCUAAAUCUAAUUUACAUUCACCGAACCCACCAAAUCUGCCGCUUUCUCUCUUGAAAUUGAUCGAAUCGUACAUAAUUGGAUUAUCUGCAAAUGGAGGAUGGAAUGAUUCAAAGAGAGAAAGAGGAUUGAAUAUCGUCAAAGCGCUUAGUGAGAAUUUAGGUGAAGCUGAGAGAUUAUCAUCAAAUCCACCUCCUUUACCUUUAACAUUACAUCUAUCGCAUCUUCUCAACAUCUACCUCGCUGCCUUACCAUGCUCCCUUCUAUGUGUCGUCGGUGGAUAUUCCCUGAUAUUCAUCACGCUAAUCGCUGGAUGGUGUUUGUUGGGAUUGGAAGCGUUGAUAAGUGAGGUCGGAGGUGUAUUCGGUAGUUCAGAAAACCAUUUACCAUUACCGCUCUUCACUCGACAGAUACUUGACGAAUCACUCGAUAUCUCUCCCCAAUUCUUGACUUACUAUAGGAAUAGAUUGAUCAGUAGAGUACAAGAUAGCGAUAGUUUAGAAUACCAAGAUGAGAUUAAUGAGCUGGAUAGGAAAUGGAGGAGGUUGGAAGGUGAAUGGAUACCUUCUUUUUGA